CAAAUCAAAAUGGCCGCGUCCUUCAUGGUUCUCGUGGGUUCUGAUUGGGAUGACAUCUGAUGAAAAUGCAAAGAAACCACAUCUAUUACCAAGAACAGUUGGAUUGCAUUUGAACUAUUUUAUUAAGAAUUGUUGCGUUUCUUAUCUUCUUACGUUUUUAUAGACGGUUUGUCGCAGGCAUGAGAGGGUAUAACGCUUUGGUAAGAAGUUCCAGGACAUCUUUCCUAUCAGACCUUCAGUCGUUCCCUUUUUGUUGCCGAACUUUGUCAAAAACUGUGCGAUGCUCAUCACAGAAUGAACCCCCACCUCCGACAGGUGCUUAUGCACAGCAGCUGUUGGAGAGUGAAGCUGCGGAGGCAAUUCCUCAGCCGAGGAGGAAACCCCACGAAUGCUCCGUGUUGCUUUUCCCCGGACAGGGUAGUCAGUUUGUGGGAAUGGGGCGAGGGCUUUUGAAGUAUGGAAAUGUUAAAGAAAUGUUCAACGUAGCACAAAGAAUACUUGGAUACGACUUGCUUUCUCUGUGUUUAAACGGACCCGAAGAGGAACUGAUGAAAACGGUCCACUGCCAACCAGCGGUAUUCGUCACGUCACUGGCCGCCGUAGAACGACUGAACGACGAAGUACCAGCCGCUAUAGAAAAAUGUGUGGCAGCAGCAGGAUUCAGCGUAGGAGAGUUUGCAGCCUUGGUAUUCUCAGGCGCGUUGGAUUUUACAGAAGCAUUGUAUGCAGUGAAGGUACGGGCAGAGGCCAUGCAAGAGGCAUCUGAGCGGGUCCCCAGCGGUAUGUUGUCUGUGAUGGGCCGGCCUGACGCAAAGUACAACUACGCCUGCCUGCAAGCCAGAGAGCACUGCCUAUCCCUCGGGCUGCAGGACCCAGUCUGCUCCGUCGCCAACUACUUGUUCCCAGAUGGCAGGGUUAUUGCUGGACAUCAGCAGGCUCUGGAUUUCCUGCAGAAGAACUCCCGAAAGUUGGGCUUCCUGCGCGUACGGCCGCUGCCAGUGAGCGGGGCGUUCCACACCUCCCUGAUGCAGCCUGCUGUGGAGCCACUGAGGGACGUCCUGCGGAAGCUGGAGAUCGGCCGGCCGCAGAUCUCCGUCUACUCCAACGUGGACGCUAAGCGAUACAUGCACGAGACCCACGUGCGGAGGCUGUUGGUGAAGCAGCUGGUGUCUCCUGUGAAGUGGGAGCAGAUUCUGCAUGCACUGUAUGAGAGGAAGCAGGGGGAGGACUUCCCCCACACAUACGAGGUGGGCCCUGGGAAGCAGCUGGGCUCCACCCUGCAGAAGUGCAACAUGAAGGCCUUCAAGAAUUACACACACGUAGAUGUUAUUGUACCCGAGGACUGACAAGUGCCUACUGCCUGAACACACAGGCAUACAGCACAUACUGUUGUAUAUUGACUUUUUUUGGCCAGAAAAUAUCAUCUGUGGUUGGGACCUGCUUCAGUUGGUUUCUAUUUUUGAGAAAAGACACCAUUGAAGAUUUAAAUCAGCAAUUAUAUAUGCUAAUAGAGUCAGAUCCAGAAUUUAUUAAAAAUGCACAGAAAGACAGUAGAUAUUUUGCCUAUGUUAGAAAAUGGUAUACUAAGCAUACUUGAUAUAAACUUUAUAUCAAGUAUAAUAUUGUAUACUUCAGCAUCGGUUUUUUUUCCGCACGGGUGAGGUUUUUUGGACUGCUCUCUGCAAUUCAUACCACUUGUUUUUGACAGGGUUUAAGUCUGGCAGUAAAACAGUCCCAAAGCAUCAAUGAUCCGUGACCAUAUUUGGUGGUAGGUAUGAGGUGAUUUUCUUUUCAUGCCUCCCUCCUUUGAUGGCAAACAUGCCAAAGGUACAAAAAAGAAAGCUGACCAUAGUACCCCAUUCCAGUCAAAGUUACAAUGACAUCUGGAAAAGUUUAGAUACUUUAAUUUGUUGGUUCCUCUCAAUAAGGGGCCAUUCUCUCAGGCUGCAGUCAUGGUAACCACCUCCAAUUGAAUGCUUGCAACUGAGAAUUUUGAAAAUAACUGCAUGCUGUCGCCUCUUGGCAGUUAUUAUUUCAGCUUUUCCCAUUUGGUCACUUGAUGUAACAAUACACAACCACAACAAUUGCGAAUUAAUAAAAUCUUGUAAUAUGA